UCCAUUUCUGUACCUUAGAACUGAAAGCAUGGAAUGCGCCGAACCGCCUCCUCCCUAUCUCUUGUCCGCUCCGUCCACACGUUCGUCAGGUCCAGCGACUAUCUCCUCUCUUCCUCUACACAUUCUACAUAGGAUAGUAUCUUUGACGUUGGAUCCAAAUGCUACUCCGAGUCGCUUCGCAGGUGACUGGCACGAGGAGAAAGUCAGAAGGAUAUGGGGUCUCUUCAGAGGUCUGAGACCAGUGGACAGGAGGUUCUACAAAGUCUCCACGUCAAUCCUAAGAGGAAUGUACAUCAACCCGUAUCUAUCUUUGCUCCCGCGAGGUACAUCUUCCAAUCCUUUUCCUCAUGAUUCCGACACUUCCAAUCUUGGUCCAGAUUCUACGGCGAGGGCUGAAUCGGUUUUCAAGCGCCGCAGUCGCGAAACAGCCGUCUUCGAUCGGUUCAUCGCAAACAGAGUAGGCGAGGAUCUACGGAGAGUGGAAAGUGAACUAUACGAAGAGAGCGAAGCCGAAAUGGACAUCAUAAAGAGGCUUCAGCCGAUAGCACGAACUGAAGAUCUCUUACUUCGACUCCCACCGUCACUGAUAUUACCUGAAGCUCCUCCUGGCCGGCUACGCUCUCGAGUGCCGUUACCUCAUCCACAUCUUGUAAUCAACCUCACACCAACAUGGUGCCAGGUGUAUCUGUCAACAUUAUCAAUUGGGUCGAUCGAGAAAAACAAGGCAGGACGAGAUUUGGUGAUCGAGGUGAAGCGUCAGAGAACACCUGAGGAGACAGUGAGAAAGAUUGGGGAGGGUCUGGAAGACAUACAACGGGGCAUGAUCCGAUGGGGAGACAAGGUGUAUUGAGGAGUCGCACAAUUGGCUCAGUCACCAUCAGUGGUCGGUGGAUGCAGUCUGUUCGCGGCGGAUCCGGUGCAAAACUUCGUCAUCCGCGCGUGGAGGGCACUCGCAGAUGUACUUGCUGCGGGCACAGCAACAUGUUCGGGAGGCUCGUACGCUGAUGGUCAUCUGACUGGUCUCACUCAUUGGUGAUCCCUCAGUCUUCCACGCGGCCAUGCAACUGACGCCAAGUAUUGUUCAUCCGCCACAACAGCUCAGUGUUCUUUGAAAUUGUCAAAGAUCAAGGCAGAACAGGACCACUUCAAUGCUCAUCGAUCCGUAGUGACUUUUACGGCCUACCAACUGCCCCAUAACCAUUUAUGCAUGCA